AUGGCUCUCCUUAUUCCCUUCCUUCUACUCUGCUUGGCGAUGCUUAACUCCUCCAAUAGUAACUCGUUCACGAAGGACAUGAAGUCAAUGGUGAACAAGAUAGCUACAGGGAAAUACGGGCAGGAUCUAAGUUUGACUCAUAUUGAUGAUGAUGCCCUCUUCUACAAUGGCUACGGCAACACGAGCCUCUACGUCGACGGCAAACUCGUGAAGACUCCCCUGAUGAACAUGCAGGAAUUUUUUGAAGAGGUCGUCAUGGAUGAGUUCCCACAAGUCAUUGCAGUGGAGGUGAUAUCGACAACGCAUAUCGAUCCGAUGCUGUCGGUGUGGUCGACCAGCGGCAGCUUCGACACGAAUGAACGCUGGAAGUGCUCGAACGAGCCCACUAACGGGUGGAACCAGAUUGAGUUCGAUUCGUCGGAGAUGCCCCAGGCUAUCGUCAAGUUUCGAAAUACAAUGGAUGAUGAACGUUUCAUAAAUGCGUUUAUUAUGAAACUACCAUGUGGGGGUCCCGAGACGGCUCUGUGGAUCGGGGACGAAGAUGAAGAAAGUGGAGCUAUCUACUGCAGGCUGGAUGAUUUUGAACUAGCCAUGGAUCAGUAUACAUUAAAUUACGAGUUUGAAACAACCGUGAUUAUGUCGUUAGAGUUUACGCAGGUGACAAUAGAUGGUCAGAUGUUGAGGAUUUUAAAUUCGGACAAGCACAAUCUCGACAAUAAUUUCUUUUGUGCCAAUUAUGCGAACGCAUCCAACACUGGAACGGUUCUUGCUGUAGUUUCAACAAGAAUGCCAAUGUUUGAAAAUCAGGGCAUGGCGCUUGCGGUGUGGUCCAGUGACGGAAGAUAUUCAACGUUCAAGGGCCUGUGCAUAAGCAUAACAUUCCUGCCUGACCAUUCACUCUUGUACAGAUUGGAAAUGUUGGGACGAGUACCCGGGGGAAGCUCCAUCAUCAUUAUAUCAAUGAUAUUAACGUUAAGGUACAUCUUCGGCAUCCCAAAUGGUACUGUGUGGAUAGGCAUUGGACCUACCGAGUCAUCUACUCUCUAUUGUAGGAUGGUUGUCAAAACCCAAUGGUUCGGUACAUUAUGGAUAAUCCUAGCAGUGGUUCUAUUCUUUUUAGUGCUAAUUGGAGUGAUCAUAAGUUGGUGUCCAAAAGUAAAAUUUAACUACACUAGAGAGCAAAACAACUCAACCACUGGGACUGCAAUCCAGCAGAGUUCUGUGCCGGUCCCAAGUCCGGCUUGCAGGAGCUUGCUAUACUGUUUUAAAAACGCUACAAACACGAUGGUAAACACAACAGCUAAUAAUCAUACCGGCUCUGUCGUCACCCGGGACAACAAGGACCGCAUUGCAGCUUUGGGGACUAAGAGCUACAAAGAAAAGUUUGUUACUGAGUCCGAAAGAGGUGAAAUGAAGAUAAAAUUCACAGUUGGAUUUUGGAAUGUGAGGUCACUGCGGCAAGCUGGAACAUAUGCGAUGCUGAAAAAGAGCUUGAGAGGUUUAGAUAUGAUGUGGUUGGUUUGUUUGAAGUUAGAUGUGGAAGUGGAGAAUUGGAGAAAGGAAAACUGUUAUGGCCAGGCACAGAAACCGAGCAUAUUUAUGGAGUUGAUGUAUGCCAGAUUCAAAGGAUAUCCAAGAGAUAUUAUUGUGAUAGUUGCUUAUGCUCCAACUACAAAUCAUUUGUAUGAUGAAGUUGAAACGUUCUACAAACAACUGAAACAAACUAUGACAACAUUACCAAAGAAAGAUGUUAAGAUCAUUGUUGUGGACUGGAAUGCUAAAAUUGGAAGUGACAAUAUUGAAUUUGAAGAAGUUAUGAUAUCUACAACAACCUCUACAUCAAUACCAUCUACCUCAAUCGCUACAGCAAUUUACAACAAUCUACAGCAAUCCACAACAACCUCAACUUCAACAUCAACACCCCCAGCCCAUCUAUCUUGCACCAAUUCGUCAUCAGCAAUACCAGUGGUAGUCUCAUCAACUCGUAAGAGAUGCAACCACCCCAAUCGACGCCUCUCACCAAAUCAUCCCAAUCUCAUCAACAUCAAAUUCACCCCGACUUACAACCCCGCCAAAAUCAUCCUAUGUCAUCUACCACCCACCAUUUAUAUCUUGAAUGUCUUUAGCAUUGUCAAGCCACAUGCUAUUGAGCAUUUAAGAUGUGACGUAUAUCAUCUACACCCCGACAUCAUCAUCAUCACCGAGUCAUGGCUUAAGCCAGAUCACCCUGAUGGUUUGAUCGGAAUAGAUGGCUACACACCCUUCAGAAAAGACCGCCCUGGCAGGCGGCGUGGAGGUGGCGUUGUCAUCUAUUUGAAGUCAUCCAUCUCAUCUCAAAUUCACAUCGUUCCACCUAAUGCUGUCAAUGAUACACUGGAAACCCUUUGUCUCAAGUGCAUUAUUGACAGUGAACCAUACAUCAUCUGUGCCAUCUAUCAUCCUCCUAAUCAUCCAUCAUAUGAAGUCUCCACCAUGAUGUGUUACAUCGAUGAACUCUCUAACACUGCGCUGGGGAGCGACUCAAAACUCAUCAUUGGGGGUGACUUCAAUCAACUCGACCAUCAUUCCAUCCUUCAAACAGGUCUACACCCUAUAUUCUGGUGUCCCACCCACCAAGGUCUCAACCUUGACAGAAUAUAUGGGAUUAAUGGAAACCUGGAUAUCACUUUCACUUACAGGUCGCACGUUUCAACACAUUAUCUUGAGAAAAACCAUCUCAUUUCGCCGACGUCAUCCUUCACAGAGUAUUGCCUGCUUUCAAUAUCUCAACAACAUCAACUUCAAUAA